CACGGACUCGCAACGGAGCAGUUUGGUGUGCUGUUGUUGUUGUGAUGGUGGGUGGGCGAGGAGCGAGUGCAACCACGGGUGGAGGUGGUGCUGGUGGUGCUGGACGAGGUGGGGUGCGGUCUGGAAACAAGCGGCGAUCACCGCUGCUCCGUGCUGGGGGCAAAGGCGUGUCAUUUCCGUCGACUUCGGGCCCCGCGGCUGCGUCUGACGUGUACAACGAGGAUUAUCGCCGGCGCCACGCACGCCUGCACCACCACCACGUGCUGCAGAACGAGACAGCCUGGUCCGUCAUGUGCUCCAGCCUGUCGUGGAAGAUGCUCUCGGUGGCCCUGGUCAUCACGCUUGUGCUCUACGCGGCAAUCCUCACCACGAGCAAGCAACCCACCGGCACUGGCCGCUCGGUGGUCGCCGUGCAGAACGACGCACAGCCGGGUGUGCUUGGGCGGCACGGUGCAGCGCUCAGCAGCGGCUCGGCAGGCCAAAGCAUAUCCGGCAGCAGCGAUGGCAGUCAGAGUGGGAGCAGCAGCCGCAGCAGCACUGGAAUCAAGACUCAUCACAGCAAGGGCAAGAACAGUUUCAGUGCACACAAGCAGAGGAAAAAGGCCGGCGGAGAGCAAAGCAACAGCAGGAUACCGGGCGUGCCAGAAUCCAAGCCCGCAGGUGACGAGCGAGUCACACGCAAGGGAUGCUCCGCCAUAUCCAUGCCGCCGACCACGGAGGUUGGCAUCUUCUUCGACUGCAACCUCAAGCGGGCGCCGUCACGUCUGGAGCAGCUCACGCGCCUUCAGCUCCUGGAUCUUGGCAGGAACGGGCUGACGACUGUCCCGCAGCAUGCGCUGUCGCUGCCGCAGCUGGAGAUUCUGUUUCUCAGCGGAAACGAGAUUGCCAGCGUGGAGGCAGAUGCGCUGGCAGCGGCGCUAAAGCUGCGCGUGUUGAGCUUAAAGGGCAACCGUCUUGCCACGUUUGACGGCCGCGCGGCGUCUCCACACCUCGAGCAACUCAUCCUGACCGACAACAAGAUCACCGAGCUGGUGGACCUGACGUUCCGACGCACGAACCUUCGCAAGCUCAUGCUCACCCGCAACAGCCUCAACCACCUCCCACGCGACUUCACCGGCAUGCGGCGGUUGGAGCUUGUGCGUCUCUCCCACAACGAGCUCACCGCGUUGCCUGCAGGCAUGUUCAGCAUGCCGCGGCUGUGUUGGGUGGCGCUCGCUGGGAACCCUGUGCUGGGGCAGGCACCAGCAUCUCAGCAGCCGCAGACGAUUGACGCGUCGCAACUCAGGAUGGGAGAGGUGCUGGGCGAGGGCACGAGCGGUGUUGUGCAUCGUGGCACAUACAAGGGUGCUGCAGUCGCCGUGAAGCUCUUCAAGUCGCAGUCGUCUGACGGCAGCUUUUGGGAUGAGAUGGCAAUUGCGAAACUGUUUCGACACCCCAACAUCACAGCCGUGCACGGCAUCAUCACCAAACCACAACCAGGCAUGGUGCUGGAGUAUCUCAGCGACGAUUUCCAGCCGCUGGCUUCACCGCCGGACGCAUGGACGACACUGCGCUGCACAUAUCCCGCAGAGCUCGAGCUCACGCCGCAACACACCCUCGCCAUACUCGCAGCGCUUGCCGAUGCCCUGGCGCACGUGCACUCGCACCAGGUCGCACACGGCGACAUCUAUGCACACAACAUCCUCUACAACCCCAAUACAGGGGAAGUGCGGUUGUCUGACUUUGGGGCGGCGUGGUCGUAUGCAAAUCUGCCUCCGUCUGACCAUCCCCUCAUUGAACGGCAGGAGAUGCGUGCCUUCGGCAUCUUGAUCAAGGAGUUACUUGCACGCACGCACUUCUCCACGUCCUCCCACGUGCCAAUUCGUCGAGUCUUGAGCGAAGUGGCGCAGGACUGCACACUCGCACUCGUUGCCCGGCGCCCGAGCUUUGCUCAUGUCGCAAACACCCUCACCGCCCUCAUGUGAACACGC